AUGAGCCGUCAGCACUGUGAUAAGCCUCAAAGUACAGCAUCCUGUCAAAAGGAUAGACCAUGGUUCCAUGGGAAAUUUGAUAUUGAGGAGGGUGGUAUUGAACGUGUUACCGACGACCAGCGACAGCAAGAUACGACCAAGUUUUGGAAUGCUGCUACUUUCUGGUUCAGUGCCAACAUGGCCGUUGCCACUCUCAAUAUCGGUUCCUUGGGGGGGGGCUCUCUAGGUCUUGGGUUCUGGGAUUGUUUCAUCAUCAUCCUGAUCGUCAAUCUAUUGAGUGAUCUACUUUCUGCGUGGACAGCCAUAGUAGGAUUGACGGGUCUACGAAUGACGACCUUCUCGUGCGUGAUCGUUUCAAGUCUUCCCAAUUUCAUUAUCAUUAUACCCCAAGCUAACAAUCUCAUCUUGGUAAACGAUACUCGUUUGGAUACUGGGGCAACAUGCUUGUCGUCAUCUUCUCAAUGGUUGCAACCACAGGGUGGAACGCAAUCAACUCCAUCUCAGGAGCCUUGGUGCUCAACGCUUUGUCCAACGGGAGGUUCCCAACUUGGGCCGGGCUGGAUCCACCGUUUGGUCACCUAUAUCUGGAUACCGCCUCUGAUUGUAUGGUGCGUGGCUGCUGGUACAGGCGCGUCUUCGUUCACCGGUGCGCGUAGCAAGCACCUUGAGGGUGCGAACAAGGCGGCUGCGGUCCUCACGUACAUGGCGAGCAUCUUUUCUUUUUCUGUUUCUUGGGUGAACUGCGCGGCUGAUUAUAAUGUGCGCAUGCCAGCCAACACUCCACAAGGGAAGAUUUUCAGUGCGACCUAUAUUGGGAUUUUCGUUCCCACUGUCCUGGUCCAGAUACUCGGAGCUGCGAGGUACAGCGGUGUCGUGACUAGCACCAGGUGGAAGGAUGCUCACGCAUCCUGUUCCAUUGGAGGUUUACUGCAGAUGUCGCUUGAGCCGGCAGGUGGAUUCGGCAAGUUUCUCAUGGUCCUUGCAGCGUUGAGUGCGAUUGUGGUGAUGCGUAUCCCCAGGAUCAUUCUUGUCACGUUCGGCUUCAUAGUGUCUAUCAUUGUGGGUUGUUUCGCAGCUAUGUAUUUCGAUAGCACACUGUCGACACUGUUGAGCGUCAUUGGAUACUGGACAGUCAUUCACAUUACAGUCGUGAUGGAAGAGCACUUCAUCUUCCGCCAUGGAUGGAAAACAUAUGAUUGGGAUGCUUGGAAUAGCCCUACCGGACUACCGUUCAGGUGGGCAGCAAUUGGAGCUUUUGCCUUCGGGUUCAAUGGAGCCGCCCUUGAAAUGAAGGUGACAUGGUACGCA